AUGAUACUUUCAGCUUGCAUGUCUUUAUCUUCAAAAUUGGUUGGAGAAGAUUCUUCAUUGGGUUCACCAAUGGACGUCGAAGAUGCUGAUAAGGAUAUUCAAGGAAGAUUGGCGAACGUCUUGAAACACUUCAUAGGCUUUUUAAUCUUCUCUGUGGGACCAUUCGUAUCGUACACAGUACUUGGAAUCAUGUGCGCCGCCUUUCACAUCUUCAUUUCGAUGCCGAAAUCUCCGUAUUAUUUGAUGCAAGUCGAGAGAAGCGAGGAUGCGAGGAAUGCCUUGAUCAAAUUCCAACCCGCAGGAGUGGAUGAUAAAACCUUAGAUCAAAGGUUAGAUGAGAUUGCCAAUUCGUAUCAUCCAGCAUCAUUAUAUCCGCUCAAUAUUCGACCUGGCGCAAUCGUUUCCGCUAUGAUUAUAGAUCGCUUGGGAAGGAAGCCGGUCCUGCUGAUAUCUUAUGGAUUAUGUGGUUUAGCUUUGCUUUCUAAAGGCAUUUACUUCUACCUGCAGGAUUUCGCUCAUGCUAACGACGACACCAUAUCCUAG